AUGCACUCAACACCCGGCUGGAACUCCGAGGCCCUCGCGGCCGCGCGCGCGUCUCUCGUCACUUGCGCGCCGGGGAGAACACAAAUCGGCUUUGUCGGCUUGGGCGUGAUGGGGCGGUCUAUGGCUUCGCACCUUCUGCGGGCGGGGUAUCGCGUCAAGGUCUACAACCGAACGCUGCAGAAGUGCAAGCCCCUCGAAGAGCUCGGCGCAGUUGUCGCCAAGGACUACAGAGACGUCGCGGAGGGCAGCGACGUAGUCAUCAGCAUCGUUGGCUUUCCGCAGGACGUUGAGCAAGUCUACCUGGGCGAGGCAGGCGCCUUGGCUGGGCUCCGCCCGGGCGCUGUCAUUGUGGACAUGACGACGAGCUCGCCAGCCGUCGCGGCGAAGCUCUACGAAGCUGCGCAGAAGACAAAAGUCUUUGCCCUCGACGCGCCGGUUUCUGGAGGCGACGUCGGCGCGCGGGAGGCGCGGCUGUCGAUCAUGUGCGGCGGCGACGCGGAAGCCUUCGCCGCGGUCGUGCCUCUGCUGGAGGUCCUCGGCAAGCAAAUCAUCCACACCGGCGGCCCUGGCUCGGGCCAGCACACAAAGAUGACGAAUCAGAUCUUGAUUGCGACAAACAUGAUUGGCGUCGUUGAAGCUCUUCUGUACGCGAGGCGCAUGGGGCUGGACUUGGAGAAGACGCUGGCCGCGGUGUCAACGGGCGCGGCGGGAAGCUGGUCUUUGUCUAACUACGCGCCUCGCAUUCUUAAGGGAGACUUUGAACCCGGCUUUUAUGUUGAGCACUUUGUCAAAGACAUGGGCAUUGCGCUUGAGGAGGCGCGCCGCGCGAACCUCUCGCUUCCAGGUUUGGCGCUCGCCAAUCAGCUGUACAUUUCUGUCACCGCUCUCGGCCUCGAGAAAAAAGGCAUUCAAGCUCUGCAGCUCGCGCUGGACAACAUGAACAACGCCUGCGAACCCCGCGAGGCGGGUAGCUGA